AUGUCUGUCAAUCCGCGCAAGAGAAAGGUCGUGACCCGUCCAGUGCCCCCGCCGAGCGAUUCGGAGGAAGAACUUGCCGAUGGGCUUCUGGAGGGCAUCUUGUCGCAUUCUGAAGACGACUCCGAGGACAGUCAGGCAGAGGAGGAAGACGAGGAAGAUACCGAUGCAAGCAGUGUGAUCGAGGGGCUUUCAGAUGAAGAUGAGGAAGAGGAUGAAGAGGAUGACCCCGACAGCGACGAGAAGCAGAUUCGCGAACAGAUACGCAACCUAAACACCUCCGGCGCCUCUCUCCAGCGCAACAAGGGCCAGGCAACGCAUGACAUGGACUUGGAUGCAGGCGCGAAUGGUGGCCUCGACUCUGAUAACGAAGACUUGAAGCCCAAUUACACCGUCACAACCGAUGCGCAUGGCAAUACCCGCUACAUCUACAAGGAGAUCGACCCUGUCUACGAGUCUGACGAUUCCGAUGCCGAAGCAGUCAACACGAUCGGUAACAUUCCGCUCAAAUACUACGACGAGUAUCCACAUAUCGGAUAUGACAUCAACGGCAAGAAGAUUAUGCGACCGGCCAAGGGCGAAGCACUCGAUGCCCUGCUAGACAGCAUCGACAUACCCAAGGGCUGGACCGGCCUCACAGAUCCCCAGACAGGAAAGCCACUGAAUUUGUCAGAGGAAGAGCUGGACGUGUUGAAGAGACUCACAAGGAAUGAAGUGGUGGAAGAUGGCUAUGAUCCCUAUCCCGACAUGGUGGCUUACUUCUCUGGUGUCAACCAAGAAGUCAUGCCUCUGAGCGCGGCGCCCGAACCCAAACGGCGGUUCAUUCCGUCGAAACACGAGGCUAAGCGCGUCAUGAAGAUUGUCAAGGCCAUUAGAGAAGGUCGCAUCCAACCCUACAGGGCCCCAGAUGAGCGAGAAGAAGAGCAGGACGAGUUCAACUUCGACAUAUGGGCCAACGAGAAGCCCCGGCCUGACAACUCGAUGCACAUUCCUGCGCCCAAACUACCUCCGCCAGGCUACGAAGCAAGCUAUCACCCACCCCCUGAGUACCUGCCAGACAAGGCUGAAGAGCAAGCGUGGCUGGAGCAAGAUGAGGAGGAUCGCGAGAGGGAGUUCUUGCCCAAGAACUUCGAUGCACUGCGCAAGGUACCCGGUUACGAGACUUUUGUUAAGGAACGUUUCGAGCGCAGUCUGGAUCUUUACCUUGCCCCACGUAUACGAAGAAACCGGCUCAACAUCGAUCCCGAAUCCCUUCUACCCAAGCUCCCAGAUCCUGAAGAUCUCAAGCCCUUCCCAACAGCCUGUGCGGCAAUCUUCCGUGGCCAAGAAGGCCGCGUACGAUGUAUCUCCAUCGAUCCUCAAGGCAUCUUCGUGGCUAGUGGCGGAGACGAUGGCUACGUACGAAUCUGGGAGCUCCUCACUGGCCGCCAGGUUUGGAACGCAAAGCUCUCCUCCGAGGAAGCCGUCGACGCAGUCCAAUGGCGUCCUACAAAAGAUGCAUGCAUCGUGGCCGCUGCCUCGGGAGAGAACAUUUACCUCAUCAUCCCCUUCACCCUCCUCUCCCCCGACAUUGAGCAAGCCUCGCGCUCCGUCCUCGACGCAGGGUGGGGCUAUGCCACUUCCAAACCCAGCACCACGGCCCCCAGCGAGCCCCCCAAAGUCGCGCCCGGAAAAUGGACCCGCCCCGGCGCACGUCUAGAGGCCAAGGGCGUCCUCAUCCAAGUCGAAGUCCGCUCAGCCGUCAAGGUCAUCAACUGGCACCGCCGCGGCGACUACUUCGCCACCGUCUCCCCACGUGGCCAAUCCUCUUCGGUCGCUAUCCACACCGUCUCCAAACACCUCACCCAACUCCCCUUCCGCCACCUCAAAGGCAUCGCGCAAACAGCCCAAUUCCACCCCUCGAAAGCAAUCUUCUUCGUCGCCACCCGCAACACAAUCCGCAGCUACGACCUCGCCAAGCAGGAACUCGUCAAGAUCCUACAGCCAGGCGCAAAAUGGAUCUCGAGCAUCGACGUCCAUCCCGGCGGCGACAAUCUCAUCGUAGGCACCUACGACAAGCGCCUCCUCUGGCACGACCUCGACCUCUCCAAUAAACCCUACAAGACCCUGCGCUUCCAUAAGCAGGCCAUUCGCGCCGUGCGCUUCCAUCAGGGUGGCCUCCCGCUGUUUGCAGACGCAAGUGACGAUGGCAGUUUGCAGAUUUUCCAUGGCAAGGUUGUCGGCGAUCUCAUGGAGAAUGCGACGAUUGUGCCGCUCAAGGUGUUGAGGGGGCAUCGGGUUAGGAGUCGUCUGGGUGUCAUGGAUGUCGAGUGGCAUCCUAGGGAGCCGUGGUGUGUUAGUGCGGGGGCGGAUGGGACGAUUAGGUUGUGGUGUUGA